AAAGAUUUAGUUACACGUUAUUUAUUAUUCUUCGUUUUUUUUGUUGAUAAAAUUAUUGAAAAAAAUGAAGAAGAGAAUAAAGAACGACAAAAACAAAAUGAGGAGAAAAGAAAAGAAUUAAUAAAACAAAAUGUCUUAAACAUAAAAAAUAAAUUAAAAGAAAAACAAGAAAAUGAAUCUAAUUUACAAAAGGAAACUAUUUUUAAAGAAAUAUGUUGUGAUCAUAUUUUGGUUGAUGAAAAAAAUAAAAAUAAUCAUUUGGAUUCUUUAACAAAACAUUCGAAAGAUAAUAAUUUUAGUCAUUCAAAUUAUAAAAAUUAUAAGAAAUAUAUAACAGAUAAUAAUGAUAAGGAAAAAAACAAAUCUUGUAACUUUUCAAAUAUUUGUAAUGAUUUAACUUGUUCCUUUUAUAUAUGUAUAAUAUUAUUUGUUCACAAUUUAAAAGAUGAUGAAAAAAAAGUGAAUUAUAAAAAAAGUGUAGAAGAAAAUAUCUGUUCUAAAAAAUCAUCAGAUGGAAAAGAUAAUAAUAUACAAACUAUUCAUUUUGUAAAUGAAAAUAAUAAUAAUAUAAUAAAAAAUGUUAUUGUGGAUAAUAUAAAUGAUUUAUCAUUAAAUUUGAUUUUUUAUUUACAUUUUUUAUAUAUUUCGUUAUGUUUUUAUUAUAUAUAUUUAUUAAAUGAUGAUAUAUAUUAUUUACAAGUCAGUUUAUUAUUAUUUUUGAUGCUUUUUCCACAUUUUAAAAAUAAAGAAAUUAUCCACUUUAUACACUUUAAUAAACAAAAUAAAGAAAAAUGCUAUAUCACAUAUGACAUAUCAAUAUCAAAAUUUUUAUAUAAUAUUUGUAAAAACCUAAGUGUCUAUUAUAAAGAAAAAGAAAACGAUAUUUAUAUGAGCAUAUUUUUUUUAACAUACAGCUUUGUUUUUUUAAAAUAUACAAAAAAGGAAAUUACAAAUAACAAAAUAUUAAUGGAUGAAAUAAAUAUCGUUCAGCAUAUGUAUGAAAUAUUUUUAGAUAUAAAAUUUUUUUCAACAUCCACUUUUUUUAUCCUCAAAACGAUAGAACUUCACCUGCAACUUUUGAAAAUUUAUAUAAACGAUAUAAAAGUAGAAGAACAAGAGGAAGAAGAGAAAACAAAGAAAAAAAAAAAAAAAAAAAAAAAAAAUGACGAAAAGGAAAGUAUUAAGAGGGAAGAUACACUUGAAUAUAAAAAAUCGCAAAAUGUAGAUAUAUUAUCAAAUGAAAAGGACGAAAAAUAUAUAAACCCUUCAAAUAAUAAUAAUGAUAAUAUAAAUAAUAGUGAUAUUUCUUUUUGUUGUGAAACAACAAUGAAUAACCUAUCUAUUAAUGACAAAAUAAAUAGAAUUAUUGAUAUGUUUUGUUCACUUUAUAACAAUAUAAACGAGUGCGCAUACAUAUUUUUAGAUGUUCAUUUGUUAUCUAUAUAUGAAUAUUUAAUAUGGGUUUGUUUUUAUAUUGUGAAAGAUGUAUACAAAUUAUGUUCUUGUCUAAAAAAAAAGGAAAAAGAGAAAAGAAAAAUAUUAGAAUAUAAAUAUAUGACAUAUAGAAAUUUGUUAGAAGUUUAUAUUAUAUAUUUAAAAUAUAAUUAUUUGAAUUAUUCACAAGUAAAUUAUAAUUUAAAUAUAUAUAAAAAUAUAGAUGAUCAUAUUUUUAUAAAACAUGAUAAAAUCAAAAAUGUAUUUGACACAUUGAAAAUAAAAGAUAAUUCUUCUAAUGAAAAAGGAAUAAAUCAUAUGAAAACAUAUGAAGAAAAAGAAGAAAAAAAGGAAAAAAGUGAAAAUAAUUAUAAUUUCUUACUAAAUGGCUUACAUAAGAAAGAAGAGGAAUACAUAGAAGAUCAAAUUUUUAUUUAUGAUUAUAAUUAUAAUACACAAAAAGAUAUUACAAUUAUUUUGAAUAAUGUAAUAAAUAUGAAUGAAAUAAUAUAUACUUCAUAUGAUACUUGCAAAUCAUUAUUUGAAAAAAUUAAAAAUAAUAAUAUUAAUAUAUGUGCAUUUGAAAAUAAAAUAAACAUAUAUGAUAAAAAUAUAAUAUAUGAUUUUAUAUAUAAAAAUAUAUUAAAAGAUAAAAAUUAUCCACAUUUUUAUAGUGAAGAAGAAGAAAAUAACACUUUUAUGGUUAACAGUUUUUAUGAAAAUUUGUCCUUUUUUAAAUUUUUUGAAAUAAAAUGUAAAGAAAGUAGCCAAAUAGUAAAUAAUAUUAUUGAUAUAAUAAAUAAAAAAAAGGAAAUAAUAAUAAUAGAUAUAGAUACCACUUAUUUUGAAGAAUUUGUUAACAUUUUUCAAUUUGAUAAUAUACCUUUUAUACAUUUUAAUUUUUAUGUUUGUAACUUUUAUUCAUCACCUUAUCAUUUGGAAGCUUUAAAAAAAAUAAAGAAAAUUUAUAAAAUGUUUUGUAAACAUAGAGAUAAUGAAGAAUAUGUUUAUUUUCUUCAAGAUGAAAAGAUAAUAAAAGAGAAUAUAGAAAAGGAUCAACAAAAUAAUGAACAUAAAAUAAAAGAAUUAAAAAUAAAUGAUGAAGUGGACAAAUUAUAUGCAACAGAAGAAAGAAAAAAAAAUAUAUUAGAUUAUAAACAUAGGAUACAUUAUUUGUGUUAUAAUUAUAAUGAAAUAUUAUAUCUAUUUGAAAAUAUGAAAAAAUAUAAAAAAAAAAGUUUAGAAUACUUUUCUUUAUUUAAACAAACAACAUUACAUUUGGAUAUUUUAAUAAAUAGUAUGGAGUCUUAUUUUUAUUUUAAUUUUUUUACAAAAUCUUUUGAUAUAUAUUUACAAAAUUAUAUGGAAAUAAUAAAUUCAUUAAGUCAUCCUUUAAAAUAUUUACAAAAUGAUCAGUACUUAUCAUAUAAAAGAGAAAUUACUUUAAAAUGUGCACUUCUUUUAAAAGAUGUUUUUAUAUGUAAAAAGUUCAACAGUUUUAAUGAUAAUAUAUAUUUAAAUGAUAAAAUAAAAAAUAUAAAAUUUUAUACAAAUAUAAAAACAAAUAUAAAUAUAAAUACAAAUAUAAAUACAAAUAUAAAUACAAAUAUAAAUACAAAUACAAAUGCAAAUGCCGACUUUGAUGAUAAUAUCAGUGGUAUCUUAAAUGUCGAACAAAAAAAUAUAAUAUUACAAAUAGUUCAGUUUUAUUUUUCUUUUUUAAGUACAUAUUAUAAAUAUGAAAAUGAUAUGAUAAAUAAAAAUUUGCUUUUUGAAAAUAAUGAAGAAAAACAAUAUUAUUUUGAUAUUUAUUUUUAUGUAUGUAAAACUUUAUCAACAGUUGAAGAUCGAUUUUUUAUUUCUCAAGCUAUUCAACAUUAUCAGUAUAUAUUAAAUUAUUCUUUGAAAAAUAAUAUGUAUGAAGAUGAAUCAUAUAAUGAAUAUAUGAAAAUAUUUGCUAAGAAAUCUAUAUAUUCCUUGACCUUAAAAAUGAACGAAAUGGCCAAAUAA